CACUAGACACUCAUCAUUGGACGUGGGUAAACCACUUUGUAAUAUGGGGCUCGCUGCUCUUUUACAUCAUCUUUUCUUUCCUGUGGGGAGGUAUUAUCUGGCCUUUUCUGAAUUACCAGAGAAUGUACUAUGUCUUCAUGCAGAUGCUUUCAACAGGGCCAGCCUGGUUAGGGAUUAUCCUGCUAAUAACAAUCAGCCUCCUUCCAGAUGUAGUUAAAAAAGUGCUUUGCAGGCAACUUUGGCCAACAGCAACGGAAAAACUUCAGGAUAUUCUUAGGCAGAUCAAGAAGGAUCGUGUAUCAGAAUUCAGCCCACUGGCUCCUCCUCAGAGUUCCACCUACACAAAUAACAUCUACCGGCGCCAUCAACAAACAAAGUCUGUCUCUACUCCAGAUUCCAGGAAGAUGACACAUACGUAUUGGGCAGAGGAUGAUUAUUAUAAUAACCCAUCACUAUUUGACUAUUCUGGUAACCAUUGUCCAUCCGAUGCUCGCUACAUUUUUGUUCCAUCAGGUUUGGAAACUACAGUCUAGCCUACAGAACUUUACAUUUGAAUCCUGUGGUUUUGAGUUUAAUGACUCCAGUUUUCGAAAGAUUGCUGUACUUAAAAACUUAAGAAAUCUUUCUGGACUCCAACAUUGCAAGUAUCCAUUGAGAACUUGAAUAAGACUUCCUGCAUUCUUCCUGGGCAGCGAGUCCCAUGUGCUGAACUGAAAGUUAAGGCACAGUCUGGUACUGUGUGGCUGGUACUACUACAUAACUUUACUGUAUUCCUUAUGAUGCUGCUUUGUCAUCUGGUAAUACUAAAACUGUGUGACAUCCAGUAAAGCGAUCAUCAAACUAUUAGCAAGGCAGCAUCGACAAAAGGAAAAUCUGCCAGCAAUCGAUGUGUAUACUGAUGUUACUUUAUAUUCUGUUCCUUUAAUAAAGCUUCCUACAUUUAACUUUUAA